AUGUACGUCGGGUCACAGUUGAAACAAUUACCACAAGGCAUAAUAUCGCUAAAGGAUUACAAGCAGAAACAAAAGAAUUUAUUAAUUGAACAAGAGAAAUUGCUGAAAAUUGACAUUGAAGAGAUGAGAAAAGCCUGUACAUUGGAUAAAUAUAUUAGUCAAGUGCCUGAAUUCAUUAGUGGUAGAAUGAAAUUGUUACCACCAUGGAAGAGGCAAAUGUUAGCUCGUAAAAUUGCUAAUGAAGAUAUGCAAUGA